UGCAUUCUUUCCCAUUAAUAAUCUCUGCAAAAGUCCUUCCAUCUUCAUGGCUUCUCUUCUUUAUCUUCUUCUCAUUAUUCUAAUGAUCCCUUCAAGCAAUAAUGCUCAAUCUCCACCAUCACCAGGCUACUACCCUAGUUCCAGAAUCAGCACCAUAGGAUUUAAUCAAGGUUUCAGAAACCUGUGGGGCCCUCAGCAUCAAAGAUUAGACCAAGGCACAUUAACAAUAUGGCUUGAUACUUCCUCAGGAAGUGGGUAUAAGUCUUUGGAGCCAUAUCGAUCAGGAUAUUUUGGUGCAGACAUCAAGCUUCAACCUGGUUACACUGCAGGAGUCAUUACAUCAUUCUAUCUUUCUAACAACGAAGAACAUCCAGGAAAUCAUGAUGAGAUUGAUAUUGAGUUCCUGGGAACAACCCCAGAUAAGCCCUACACUUUGCAGACAAAUGUGUAUAUCAGAGGAAGUGGGGAUGGCAGAAUUAUUGGAAGAGAGAUGAAAAUCCAUCUUUGGUUUGAUCCUACUCAAGAUUUUCAUAACUAUGGCAUCCUGUGGACCCCCACUGAGAUCAUAUUCUUUGUAGAUGAUAUUCCAAUUAGAAGGUAUCCAAGAAAAAGUGAUGCAACAUUUCCAAUGAGACCAAUGUGGGUUUAUGGCUCAAUAUGGGAUGCAUCAUCGUGGGCCACUGAGAAUGGAAAAUACAAAGCAGAUUAUAGGUACCAACCCUUCAUUGGUAGGUAUAAAAAUUUCAAAAUUGGUGGGUGCAAAGCAAGUGGGCCUGCCACCUGCCGGCCGCCCUCAGCCUCACCAUCUGGUGGCCUGAGCCAGCAGCAGUACUCGGCCAUGCAAUGGGUUCAGAGGAACUACUUGGCUUACGACUAUUGUAGGGAUCCAAACAGAGAUCAUACACAAACUCCUGAGUGUUAGUGCAUCAUAGUUUCAUAUGCUUCUUGUCUUAUGUACACUCACAGUUAAGGUUGUUGUUAUAGUAAGUUUGUGUUUCAGAUUUUCAGUUAUAAACAGUUUGCAAUUUGGAGGUGUAUUGAGAUGGUCCCACUUGCCAAGAAUUAAUGGGUGCAAGAGAAGUUGAUCAUCCAUGCCUCCCAAGAAAUUUAUUUCAAGGCUUUCUAUUUUGUUUUUCUUGUACUAUUGUUUUGUAAGCAUUAUUGGUGAAAUAAAACUAUUCUGGUGUUUUUUUCA